CACCACGCCCCGCCGCCGGGCUGCCGACUCUGUUACUUCACCGCCGCGAUCAUGGUGUCCCUGUGGCCCUGGAGGGCGGGCGACGAUGCUGCCUCCUUCGAGCGCGCGCUCUCAGCGCUCACGGCGAAAAUCAACAGAGCUUCCGCGCGCAACGACAAGCGCCGCCAGACCUCGCGGCGCGUGCGCGUCAUGCUGACGCUGUACGCCGGCUUCGCGUACAUUGUGGUCGCCGCACUGCUGUUCCUCGUCACCGGCCGCCAGAACUGGGGAGUCAACGAGGUGUCGGUCCUCGCAGGCAGCCCCGUGGUCAUCUACGUCGUCCGCUACGCCCUCACCGGCUACUUCGACUACCGCAUCGCCAACACGGACGCCUACGUCGCCAAGCUGAACAAGGAGCGCGACGCCACCAUCGCCCGCCUCAAGGAAGCCACAAAGUACAACUCCACCCAGCAGCUACUCGAGAAAUACGGCGCCUCGCCCAAACAAGAUCCCGCGCCGUCGCCCACCCCCCAGAAACCCGCCGCCUCCCCGAAUCCCCAGCCCCACAGCCCGCGCACCGGCAUCGCGCCCCCGCCCACCGCCAACAUCCAGCGCUCGCCCAACCCCCAAAACCACCCGCCCACCCCGCAGCGCCUCUCCCCCGCGCCGCCCCACAGCCCGCCCUCGCCCGCCAUCUCCGCCGCCCCGACCGAGGAAUUCGCGCCCAACGCCUUCCCCGCGGCGCCGAAACCCUACCCCCCCGCCACACCCUCCUUCACAACCCCGCACUGGUACGACCGCAUCCUGGACGCGCUUUUGGGCGAAGACGAAACGCAGGCCAAGAACCGGCUGGCCUUGAUCUGCACCCAGUGUCGGCUAGUGAAUGGGCAGGCGCCGCCGGGUGCGCGGAGCGCGGCGGAUGUUGGGCGUUGGCGGUGCGGGGCAUGUCGGGCGUGGAAUGGAGUGGAGAAGAGGGGUGAUGAGGUGGAGGAGUUGGUGAGGAGUUUGGGGGUGCGAGCGGAGCGAGCGGAGGAGCGAGAGGUGCGAAAGGAGCGAAAGGAGCGAAAGGAGCGAGAGGAGCCGGGAGGCGUGAAGGGGGGCAGCGAGGACGGAGAAGACGACGAGGAGGUGGUGGUGAAGCAGGUCGAGAAAGUCGUAGAGGAGGAGGACACCCCGAGUAAAGCGACGCGCAGCCGGACCAAGGCCAAGGGCCGGAAGUGAGUCGUCUCGCGAUUCGCGGUUCACGGUUCGCGGUUCGACGAUUGAGCUUUGAGCUUUUAGGUUUGGGGUUCUACGGCAUUUGAGAAAAAAAAAGACUUGGGAUUCGUCGCGCUUGCGUGCGUGCGUUUAGCGGCAUUGGGUAGUUUCUGUACAGUAUAUUAAAGUAGGUUAGGGCAAUGGAUCAGGCAUUUCUGCGCA